AAUUGCUAGUUCGCCACAUUGGGACCAGAAAUGGAAAUGGGAAAAGAGAGGUGAAUGUUGGCAAGAAGCUGGAAAAUAGCUCCUCAAAGAGGACCUUGAUUUCACGACUAAUUCAGAAUAUGAGAGCCGGAGAUUGAUGGGAGGGAAGUAAGAGAAACUUAUAAAUACAGACAGUCUUUUGUGAAAUUACAUUGAGCAUUCAAAGUAAAAGCAACGCCACAGCCCAAUGGUCCCAAUUCACCAAAUCUUAUGUUUCCUCACACUUUUGUUCGUAUUAGGGCACGCUGAUAAACCCUAUUCGGACCCUCUUGGAUCAACUGAUUUUAAGGGAAAAUGGGAGUGGAUAUCAGAAAACUCUGGUGUUUCUGCCAUGCAUGCGAUCUUGCUUCCCAAACUUAACAAGGUUUUGAUGUAUGAUGCUACUGUGUGGAGGAUAUCAAAGAUUCCAUUGCCUCCUGAGAAAAUGCCUAGCCGUAUUGCCAAUGAGGAAACCGGUGAAUUGGACUGUUGGUGCCAUUCUGUCUUAUUCGAUUAUGAAACAGCAAAAUUGACAGCACUCAAGAUUGAGCACGACACAUGGUGCUCAUCAGGAGGCCUUACAGUGGAUGGAAACUUGGUUAGCACUGGAGGCAAUGGAAAAGGAGCCAACACUGUAAGAUAUCUCUCCACUUGUGAAAAUUGUGAUUGGAGAGAGUACCCAGCUUCACUUGCAGAUCCCAGAUGGUACUCAACACAAGUGACCUUACCUGAUGGUGGGUUCAUGGUGUUUGGGGGGCGUGGUGCCCUUAGCUACGAAUACAUUCCAAUAGAAGGACAGACGAAUAAAAUGGCCACCUUCCUCCCUUUGCUUCAACAAACUAGUGAUAAAUUGAAUGCUCAAACACAGUUUAACAUAGAGAAUAAUUUAUACCCUUUUGUCCACCUCUCCCCUGAUGGAAAUCUCUUUAUUUUCUCCAACAACCGAUCAAUCUUGCUAAACCCUAAAACUAACCGAGUUGUUCGUGAGUUUCCAGUUCUCCCUGGUGGCUCCCGUAAUUACCCUGCAUCAGGAAUGUCAGUUCUCCUCCCAUUAAGACUCAAACUUGGCAAGAUGAAGAAGAUAAACGCUGAAGUCUUGAUUUGUGGCGGUGCACCUUGGGAUUCAUUUUAUUAUGCAGAGACUCAAAAGAGAUUCUUGCCUGCAUUGCAAGAUUGCGGAAGAAUACAAAUCACAAAACCUAAUUCAGUUUGGAAGAUUGAAAAAAUGCCAUCACCACGUGUAAUGGGCGACAUGAUGAUUCUUCCAAAUGGAGAUGUGGUCAUGGUUAAUGGUGCACAAACAGGCACUUCAGCAUGGAAUGAUGCGGAGGGCCCAAAUUUAACUCCUGUUUUAUACAUACCUAAAGGACCAAAGGGCCAAAGGUUUAAGGAGUUAGCUCCCACCACCAUUCCAAGAAUGUACCAUUCAUCAGCUGUGAUGCUUCCAGACGGCAAAGUUCUUAUAGCCGGCAGCAACACUCAUGAUGGCUACGAUUUCAAUGCUAAGUACCCCACUGAACUUAGGGUUGAGAAAUUUUCCCCGCCAUACUUGGAUUCAUCACUGGCUGGACUAAGGCAACAGAUAUUGGUUGAGCUCUCAGAAAAGGAGAUGAGUUAUGGCAAACAGUUCACUGUGAAGGUUACAUCAAGCGAGCCCAAACUGAAUAAAAAUGAAGUAAAAGUUACCAUGUAUGCACCGGCUUUCGCAACCCAUGGCAUCUCCAUGAAUCAAAGGCUUCUCAUCUUAGGUUUGGUUGAUGUGGUUAGCAAGGUCUCGACACCAGUAGUUCACAGCAUUACAGCUAAAGCGCCAAGCUCAGGUGAAGUUGCUCCUCCUGGGUAUUAUCUUCUUUCUGUCGUUUACAAAAAAGUUCCAAGUGCUGCCAUGUGGGUUCAAAUCAAGUACAUUCUUGCACAUGUUAUAAGUAUAUAUAUUUUUUGUUUAUUCUUUUUGCCCACUUUCAUUGGGAAGUUGGGAAAAAUCGUAGUUUGCCUGUGGCGAAGCUAGAAAGCUGUUGAGAUGGGGGCAAAAAAGUAAUAAUAAUAUGCUGAAGAUGAUUCAGUAAAAAUGAUAUAUGUGAAAAUUUGUAAUAUGGAUAUUAUUUUUUCGUUAUUCACCUUUUAUAUAUAAGUUUGCC